GGGGCGCGGGGCGGGGGAGAGGAUGCGGCGGCCGUGGGGGACUUCCUGUGCCGGCCCCGCCGCGCCCCCCGCGCCCCGGGGCGGCCCCGCAACUUCUGCGCCCGAAGUCGCCGGCCCAGGCCGGGCCCGGGGCGCCCGCGGCUCCGACGCCCGCCGCGUGGACGCGCCCUCGCCCCGCGGCCGCCGCUGACCACACCUCCCGGCUGCGGGGACGCCCCGUCAUGCGGCGCCAGCACCGCUGGCCUCCUGGAUGUGACCCAGAUGGCGCUAGGAGCGGCCGCACAGACCAUGGUGCUGAAGUUGCAGAGUCUGAAGGAUGGGGUCCCGGCGCCUGGGUUCCUCUCAGGUGGCAGCGGUGGGAGAGAGAGUCAGGAGGAAGAGGCCCAGGAGCGGCGCACCAGCGCCCCCCAGCGGGCGGUCUUAGUCCCAACGGAGGCCGGUGACACCUCCAAGAAGGCGCCCCCAGAGCGGCAGGCGGAGCAGCAGGCACGGCCAGGGUGCUGGCCAAAAGGGCCCCAACCGCUGCGCCCUCCACAACAGCUCCUGCAGCACGGAGAGGACAGGGAACAGCCGCAGCAGCAAGAACACCUGGAGCCGCAGAAGCAGGGACAGUUAGGGUGGCGCCAGCGACGGCAGGGACAGGCUCUUCAGCUACUGAGACAAUCGCAGCGACAGUCAGCGCAGCAGGAGCAGCCGCUGUCCCAGACGCAAGAACAGUUCCAGUUGCAUGGAGCACAAGCGCAAGAACAGUUAGAGCCGCGGCCGCAGCAGCGGGAACCGGCACAGCGGCGGCGGCUGCGGCUGCAGGAUGCGCGGAUACAGCAGCCCGAGGAGGAGGAAGAAGAGGUGGAGCUGGAGCUCUUGCCCGUGGACGCGGGGUCCGAGCAGGAGCAGGAGCUCGAGCGGCAGCGGGAGCAGCGGCAGCUCCAGCUCAGACUCCAGGAGGAGCUGCAGCAGCUGGAGCAACAGCUGGAGCAGCAGGAGCUGCAGCUGGAGCUGACGCCGGUGUCCCCAGGGCCCCCGCCGCAGGAGCUGCAGCUGGAGCUGACCCCCGUGUCCCCCGAGCUGCAGCUGGAGCUGGUGGCCGCGGCGGCGGGUGACCGAACCUCCUCCGAGCCCGGGACCCCGGCGGCCGUCAUGGUGGCGCCCCCGGGCUACGUGGUGGUGCAGGAGCUGAUGGUGCUGCCGGCCGUGGCGGCCGCGCCCGCCCUGGUAGCCAUCCCGGGCCCGGCGGGCAGCGCCGCCCUGACGCCCGCCCGGCAGCGGCGCCGGCGCGCCCGGGACCGGCCGACCAUCUGCGGCGAAUGCGGCAAGGGUUUCGGCCGCAGCACUGACCUGGUGCGCCACCAGGCUACGCACACGGGCGAGAGACCGCACCGCUGCGCUGAGUGCGGCAAGGGCUUCUCGCAGCACUCCAACCUGGUCACGCACCGGCGCAUCCACACGGGCGAGAAGCCCUACGCGUGCGGCUACUGCGCCAAGCGCUUCAGCGAGAGCUCGGCGCUCGUGCAGCACCGGCGCACGCACACGGGCGAGCGACCCUACGCGUGCGGCGACUGCGGCAAACGCUUCAGCGUCUCGUCCAACCUGCUGCGCCACCGGCGCACGCACUCGGGCGAGCGGCCGUUUGCGUGCGAGGACUGCGGCGAGCGCUUCCGCCACAAGGUGCAGAUCCGCCGGCACGAGCGCCAGCUGCACGGCGCGGGCCGCCCCCGGGGCCUCGGCUUGCUGCGCCCCCCGCGCGUGUCCCCCGGAGCCACCCCACGCCCCGCGCCCGCGCCCUGA